CGCGCGUCUGUUGGUGAUAUCAAUACUGAGGCCGCGUGCGACCCCCUUGGACCGAGAUCUCCCCACCCCACCCCAACCCAGCCCCCACCCACCUCGCGCACACGCCCCCCCACCACCACCGCCACGACCCAGCCUCUUACCACGGCGCCAGCUGAGGCAUCCAAGAGGAUUACCCACCCUUUGCCCUCUCCCCCACCCACUCCUCAAAAAAGAGAAGAUCCCCUCCCCAAGCCCACCCCUUCCCCUCUUCCCUCCCCCCUCCCCCCGAACUUUCCCUCUCGCAUGCUUUUCCCCUGCACCACCGAUCGCCUCUCUGAUGCCGCUUGCCUGGAAGCUGCGUUAGGAGCGAGCGGCGGCGGCGGCGGCGGCAGCUCGGGAGUGCUAUGACCGGCAAACUCGCCGAGAAGCUGCCGGUGACCAUGAGCAGUUUGCUAAACCAACUACCUGACAAUCUGUACCCCGAGGAGAUCCCCAGCGCGCUCAACCUCUUUUCUGGCAGCAGCGACUCGGUAGCCCAUUACAAUCAGAUGGCUACAGAGAAUGUGAUGGACAUCGGUCUGACCAACGAGAAGCCCAACCCGGAACUCUCAUAUUCGGGCUCCUUCCAGCCAGCCCCCGGCAACAAGACCGUGACCUACUUGGGAAAGUUCGCCUUCGACUCCCCUUCCAACUGGUGCCAGGACAACAUCAUUAGCCUCAUGAGCGCCGGCAUUUUGGGGGUGCCCCCGGCCUCUGGGGCACUCAGCACGCAGACCUCCACGGCCAGCAUGGUGCAGCCGCCGCAGGGGGACGUGGAGGCCAUGUAUCCGGCGCUGCCCCCCUAUUCUAACUGCAGUGAUCUCUACUCGGAGCCUGUGUCUUUCCACGACCCCCAGGGCAACCCCGGGCUCGCCUAUUCCCCCCAGGAUUACCAGUCGGCCAAACCAGCCUUGGACAGCAACCUCUUCCCCAUGAUUCCCGACUACAAUCUAUACCACCACCCCAACGACAUGGGCUCCAUGCCGGAGCACAAGCCCUUCCAGGGCAUGGACCCCAUCCGGGUCAACCCGCCCCCUAUUACCCCGCUGGAGACCAUCAAGGCAUUCAAAGACAAGCAGAUCCACCCGGGCUUUGGCAGCCUGCCCCAGCCGCCGCUCACUCUCAAGCCCAUACGGCCUCGAAAGUACCCCAACCGACCUAGCAAGACCCCGCUCCACGAGCGGCCACACGCGUGCCCGGCGGAGGGCUGCGACCGCCGCUUCAGCCGCUCGGACGAGCUGACCCGGCAUCUGCGCAUCCACACGGGCCACAAGCCCUUCCAGUGCAGGAUCUGCAUGCGGAGCUUCAGCCGCAGCGACCACCUUACCACUCACAUCCGCACGCAUACGGGCGAGAAGCCCUUUGCCUGCGAGUUCUGCGGGCGCAAGUUUGCGCGCAGCGACGAGCGCAAGCGCCACGCCAAGAUCCACCUCAAGCAAAAGGAGAAGAAGGCGGAGAAGGGGGGUGCGCCUUCUGCGUCCUCGGCGGCCCCGGUAUCCCUGGCCCCUGUGGUCACCACCUGCGCCUGAGGCUCGGGCCCCCAGAUCCCACUUUUCCCCUUCAGUGUCUCCCGGCUGCUCGCCUGAAUGCGCAGCCGAAAAGCUCGCUACGGAGGCGCAGGGGCCGCGCCCUGGCCUCUCCAUGGACGUAAGGCCCCUUGUUUCCCUUCGCUGUCCCCCGUCUCCACCCUUUCACAUCGGCCGACGGUCGGGGGCCAGGGCAAGAGGCGCCUUCCCCUCGAUGCCCACCCCUUAGCCAAGGCGUGGGGGCGGAAAGGUGGCGUCUAGCCCGCUUUGUUCAGUUCGGAUCGUCUUGAUCCAGGGGCCGCCGGGCCGGGCCAAGGACCUGCCGGGGACUGAAGGCGGGGUCCGCCCAAGCCUCGCCGGACCCAAGCACCUCAAGGUUCCCCCCACGUGUCCCUCGAUUCCCCCUCGAAGACCCGAGAGGGGGAGGGGGUAAGGAGCGCACCAAAGCGCAGAGCUUGCUGCCCGCCGCACGCACGCGCGCCUGCGUGCGGGGAUGCGCGCGAGUGUGCGUGCUCGCGUGUGUGUAUGUGUUAUGUGUGCGUGUGUGUGUUUCUGUGUGUGUGUGUGCGCGCGCGCGCGCGCGCGUGUGUGAGACUCUUGAGCUGAACUGGGCUGUGUCCACCCUAAACUCUUCCCCACUUCGGGUCCCCGGGCCGCUAGGGAAACGUCCCGGGCUGGGGGCCUGCGCGUGGCGGGACAAGACGGUCUUCCAUCUGCUCAGAAAUAAUGUUUCUUACAGAAAUGCCUCGGAUGCCGCCGCCGCGGUGCUGCUACCGCCGCUUAGGGUUUGGCCCCUCAAAAUCCCUCCUUUUCCGAGCGCUUCCCUCUCAAGGCCUCAGGGAAGUUUGAUCUGCGGGGAGAAGGAGCAGCCAUCCUUGAACCUGCCUUUUUAGAAAUGUGUUUUUCCUCAGCCCCAGUUUUUAAAAUCUCUGUCUCUGAGUUUGCCCUCUGCCUUCCCCCGCCUUUCCCUUCUAAGCCUUUUCCCAUCUCUUUCCAAAUCUUUUUUCCAAAAAGGCAGGCCUCAACCAGCCACCCCAUUUCGCCAUCUUUUUGUUUUCUCUCACUCACGUACCCAUUUCUCUUCCCAUCAUUGAUUGGAAUGCAGCCUUUUUUUUUUUUUUUCCACCUUUGGCAUCAUCCAUACAACAGGUAGAAUUCAAAUUUAGGUAAAUGGCAUGUGUGUAGGUAUGUAUGUGUAUAAAUAUGUGUGUGUUCACACCCACAUAUAUAUAUAUAUAUACAUACAUAUAUGUAUAACCUGCACACAGUAUGUAUUUCUAGCAAAAUUAAAUCUCUAAGGUACUUGGCAAUCCAGUGCAGUGCACGGGAAUAAAGAGAACUUAUAGGCAUAUACAGGUUUAAACGAUUUAUUUUUUAUGAAAAAAUGUAACCAAUGAGACUGUAUCUGCCUAUGUGUGUAUGUGUAUGUGAGUAUGUAUAUAUGCAUCCAUAGAAACACAUAGACACACAGCUGUGUCCAAAUUUUCCUCAAGUUAUGGGGAUGUCUGCAUUAAUCCAUGUUGAUGAAUGAGGCACAUCUCUUCCAUACCCCAGUCUCACCUUCUCCCUGCCCUACCUCACCUCUUCUCAGGCACCCCCUCCUCCCCAGCCUCCUCCACACAGGGGGAACUCUUUGGAUGUGGAGUAGUAGGGAAGCUGGCCUGAGACACAGCUUCCAGUGCAGUCUUGCCUGAAUGUACUGUUCCCUGUUAGCGUUAUUUCUCCUGGGGUCAGUAAGCUGCCCAGAGAGAAGGAAGACAGGUCUGGAGUUUACAGAAUGUCUGUUUUUAAAGUCACUUUAUGCGUUUCCCACUUUUUUUUUUUUUUAAGAAAAAAGCACCGGUUUUUUUGGUGGUGGAUAAAUAAUACUAAAAGGAAUCUAGUGAAAGGGGGGAAAAAUCAUAGAGCAAGAGGAUUCUGGAUUUCCAGGUACUUGGAUUUUUUGUAGAAGGAGAGAGAAGUGGAUGAAGUUUUCCAGGAGGGCCCAUAUUUUUUCAGCUGAAGGGUAAAAUCUUUCUUUGCAGAGACAGUAUUUUGCAGAAUACUUUUUAUAAUGUGAUGAUUAUUUAAAAAAAAAAAACAAAAAUUUUGGUCACUUCAAAGCUGGAAGGAGGAAUCAGAUACCCUUUAAUAUUUUUUCCUUGCUCCUUCUGAUCUAUGCAUGUCACUGCAUGAUAAUUCUGAGUUUUCCUUUGUUUUAAUAAAACUGUUCUCAGACAUUUAAGCUAAACUAAGAGAAAAAUGACUUUGUUGCCAAAAGGUUGUGCUAUCCAGAUUUUUUAUAUGUCUGCAUGUUUUAAGAGAAAAAAAAAAGAGAAAAUGCACUCUAACUUAUGUGAACUGAGAGAAAAAAAAUCAGGUUUUAAACAGGAAAACCUAUGGGGGAUGAUAUUUUUUGAAAGACUUUUGUAUAAAGUUGAGUACUUAGAAAAAGACAAACCAGAUGUAAUAUAUUUUGUGGAUGUUUUUAUUUCUUGGAUUUAUAGUACCUUAUACUAAGGUUAAAAAAAUAUGCUUGAUAUUGUGAAAAGGUGAAAUUCUUCACCAACAUUUCAUUUGCUCCUUUGUCACAUUGUUAUGCCAAUAUAAUAUAGUUAAUGGAAACAGCAUUUUUAAAAACCGAAAGAUUGAAAUGGUGUCAUGUUGUACCAUUUGCACUGUGAGCAAAUGCUAAUUCAGUAAAUAUAUUGUGUUUGCUGACAAUCA